GAAUCAAUUUAAGGCAAUAAAAUGCCGUGUGAGGAGCUAAGCUUCGUGUGUGGAGGACUGCCUACCCACUUAUUCUCUUCACUUUCUCUCUCUAAAAAUCUCUUUCUUUCUCUCUCUAAAAAUAAAUUAUCUCAUUAUUUUGUGUUUGUUCUCUAUCAAAUGAUCAUACGAGGAAGGUGAUGACAACCAAAACACACAAUUAUGAAUGUUGCAUGUGUGGUGACCAUGGCCUUUCUUAUGAGCUCUUUCGUUGCAAAGUUUGUCAUUUCAGAUCUCAACAUAGGUAUUGUAGCAAUCUAUACCCAAAAGCGGAGUCAUAUAGAGUAUGCAAUUGGUGCCUAAUUCAAAAGAAUAAUAAUGAUCAUCAACAAGACACUCUCACUCCCACCACAACAACUACUACAUCAAACUCUCCUUCUUCACAAGAUCACCACCACCAAUUAGCCAAGACUCCCAAUAAGAGGUUCAUCAACAACCAUGUUGGUGGGCCGAGGACCGGUAUCGGGGCGAAAAGUUUACAACCCACAAGCCCAAUUAAGAAGCCGGCCGGGGCCGAGACUCGAUCUCCUUCGGGCCGUAAAAGGAUCGUCAACGGAAGAGAAGGCACAGGGCAAAAUGAUGAAAAGAUAAGGAGGACUAAGUCAGAAGAAAUAUCAAAUAAUAAUAAUAAUUCAAGUAGUAGUAGUAGAAAUAGUGGUGGUAAUGGUGGUGGUGGUGGUGGUGGUGGUGGUCCAGCUGUUAUCAAACAUGUUUUUAGAAAUAAGGUGAGAAGGUAUAAGCUUUUGGAAGAGGUCUCUAGUUGACAUUGAUAACAUCUCUAUCAAUUAUCAUAGUAUUAUAAAUCAUAAUAAUAUUAAUUACAAGUAUAAUAUAUAGUUAUUAUAGUAUUACUAUUAAUAUCAAUAUCAUCUAGCUAAGCUUGCUCCCACAAAUGUAUUUUUGUGGGAUAUUUUCAAGUUUUUUUUUUUUUUUUUCAAAAAAUGAAUGAAACACCUUGAUAACGUAUUGUAUAUGUAUGGGAAUCCGAAUUUUGAGUUUUUUCUAUAUAUCUAAACCAAUGGAUUCUAUAUUUUCAGCUGUCUUUUUUCUCCAUUUUUUAAAAUUUUAUUUAAUUUUUUUUUAUUCUAGGGGUUGGGGUAUUUGUUGUACUCAUUUGGUUGCAUGGGAUAUGGAUUAACGUGCCAUAAUGCAUGCAUAUUAUCUAACCUAUGCUUCUCUCUAAUGAGCGCAAAAAAUAUAUGUAUGCUUAAUUAAUAUGGAGUACACAAAAUUUAGCUAAA